AAAAAAUAACUUUUUUUGUGUGAAAAAGACGUGCACUUCUUUUUCUUUCCCCGGCACGCCCUUUUUUACCUACACCGUACACCGUAUCACAUUAUCGCGAUGGCGCCUACGAGACCUUCGCGCGCAGCCGCCAAGGAGAAUGGCACAGCAGCUGAACCGGUAGCUGAUGAUGGAGCCCCAGUGAAGCGCGGCCGCGGCCGUCCCCCCAAAAAUGGCAUCGCGCCUCAAGUAAAGAAGGCUCCCUCGGGUCGCCCUCGUGGCCGUCCUCCCGGAAUCAAGAAGGCCGCCAAGCCUGCUCCAUCUAAGCCUGCCGCCAGCAGUGGUCCUGGUCGUCGUGGACGCCCUCGCAAGAGCGAUGCAGGCGCCACUACCCCAAAGAAAGCUACGACUCCCAAGUCUGCCGCAGCCAAGCCCUCUAGCACAGGAAAAGGACGCGGUCGACCACGCAAGAGUGAGGCUUCGCCUGUCAACGAGCCCGAGGACGAUGAGGAAGAUGAUGUUGAAGGAAAAGGCGAGGAUGAUGAAGAUGAAGCAGGUGAUGAUAUCGCGAUGGACGACGAUGCCGAAGAUGACGACGCGGCCGACGAUGACGAUGCUGCUCCUGAAGAGGAGGAUUAGGGCACCGAAGUCCGCGCAUUAUACGUGGGUGCUUUUCUAUCCAAUGUCCUCAGACGUAUCAGUAACGUAAGGAGUGCUCCUGCUG